UCAAAUGCUAACAACAAACGGCAACGAGAGUUUAAGCCUCUACUUCUUCACUUCUCCACACCAGAUACGUAUCCUCCCUUCCUGUCGUCAACGGACGUGUAGCAAACAUGCCUCAGUAUCACACCCCCACCGGUACAGUCUCGUAUCCAGAUGCAAAAUCAAGCUUUCCCAAAUUUCCGCAGGUUGGGUUCGGUCGCGCCGUCGCUAUCGGAGUUGGUGCCGGGUUUGUAGGAGCCUUAGUCAUGUCUGGGUCGAACAAAAUCGAGCAGUUCUUCACUGGUCGCCCGGAUUCCUACGUACCCGCACGAACAAUGGGCAACCAUCUAGGCGUCUCACCGGAAUUCUACAAGCGUCACACUUUCCUGUUGAACCAUGCACAUCAUUUUGGCAUGGGAAUGCUUGCUGGACCAUUCCGAGCAGUCAUGUCUUACUACGGUGUCAUCGGACCGGUUGCUGUCUUUAUGCAUACGGGUCUUCGCAUCAUGCUGGAUCAAUUGAUGGAGACUACCGCGAAUGUGUCAGCGGCUCCUUGGACAUGGCCGAUCAACGAGCAGGUCAUCGACAUCCUGCAUAAGGGAACGUAUGCACUUGUCACUGGCUAUAUAUGCGACAAGAUGGUAAGGGGCGUAGAUUGGUUUAACAGCUAAGCCAUUUCACAUGUUCAACAAUCUUCAGUGAUAAUUAAGAGAGAUAGCUGUCUCUAUGCUGGAAGACAAAAUCCAAAGGGAGUCUAUUCAUCUAUCAAAACGGUCUCUUUGAUGACGAUUUCCCUUCUGCCGCAAAUACAAGGGUCCGGUUCGCUCCCUGUCUUUUGAACAAGCCUUUUGGAUUGAUACUUGUAU